AUGUGGCCCUUCAAGGGCGAGAAGCCCCUGACAGAGGAACAGCAGGCUCGAUUGCGACGUAAAUGUGGCUUGAUGGUGGUCACCCUCCGCAACUGCCUCGCUGCCAAUAAGACGAGGCCAGGGACCUGCAAUAAUCUAGACACACAGGUCGUACACUGUUACGCGGAGGUACUGGACCCCGCCCUGGCCGCUGCGCACGAGGAUUGUUUCACCAAAGCGGUGAAUAGCCGGCGCGACCCGCCCUACACCGCCUGCCAGGGCCAGGCCCAGGCCAUGCGCAGCGCGCUGGCCAAGCGCAAGCUCUACCCCUUUGCCGACCGAUGA